GAGGCUGCGGAGACUUGGGCAGAGCCGGAGGGCAGCAGAGCUGUGGGCUGCAAAGGGUGGCGCUACGCGGAGCACGGAGCUGGCUCUGCGGCAGGUGAGCGGGCCAGCCAGACCAAUGGCGGUGACUGCGGCCCUCUCGGCUGCUGCGGCAGCAGCGGCCCUGUCUGGCCUGGCACUGCGACUGUCGCGUUGGGCGGCGACGCGCGGCUCCUACAGCGCCUUCUGCAAGGGGCUUACACGUACGUUGCUCACCUUCUUCGACCUGGCCUGGCGGCUGCGCGUCAACUUCCCCUACUUCUACAUGGUGGCCUCGGUGAUGCUCAACGUCCGCCUGCAGGUGCGGAUCGAGUGAGCAGUUGCCAGCCACCGCUGCGGCCCCUCAAGCGGAGAGGGCCAUCCACACCAGGCGGCCGCAUGAAGGACAGCGGGGCUGCGCAGUGCCCUGAGACUGCGGCGGGGGUCGCAGGCGGCACUGCCCGGGCCCCUCCAUUUUAGAUCUCCGAGGAAGGCCCAAGGAUCCGCA